CAGGGUUCUUUCUGCCACAUCCAUUGGAGGUUUUGUAUAAAUAAAAACCCAAAGUUUACCUUCCACAAGGGGCAAGAAAGAAACAAGGGUCAAUCAACCAACCAAACCAAGCAAUGAGGCCACCAAGACCAACCAUAGCUCUUUACCUCCUGUCCUUCCUUCUCUCCUCCCUUGUACUUCACACACCCACCUUUGCCAUAAAAAAGUCAUAUGUGGUGUACUUGGGAUCACAUUCACAUCCCCCAAACUUAUCAGAACUUGAACUGAACCAAGUGACAGAGAAUCACUAUGAGUUUCUUGGGUCCUUCUUGGGCAGCCAUGAAGUUGCAAAAGAAUCCAUCUUUUACUCAUACACAAGGCACAUCAAUGGCUUUGCUGCCACAUUAGAAGAAGAAGAGGCAGCUCAGAUAGCCAAGCAUCCAAAGGUAGUCUCCAUUUUCUUGAACCAGGGAAGAAAAUUACACACAACUAGAUCAUGGGAUUUCUUGGGGCUUCAGCAUGAUGGUGUUACUCCACCCAACUCAAUCUGGAACAAGGCAAGAUAUGGUGAAGAUACAAUCAUAGGAAACCUUGAUAGUGAUAUUGACCAAUUCCAACGGUGCUCACUAAAUAUACGUCCAUGCGCAUGGCCAGAGUCCAAUAGCUUUAGUGAUGAAGAGUAUGGACCAAUUCCAUCCAAGUGGAAAGGAAUCUGCCAAAAUGAGACAGAUUCUGAAUUUUACUGCAACAGGAAGCUAAUUGGAGCAAGAUACUUCAACAAGGGCUAUGCUGCAGUUGCUGGCACCCUAAACUCCUCCUUUGACUCACCAAGAGACAAUGUCGGCCAUGGCUCUCACACCUUGUCAACAGCUGGGGGCAAUUUUGUAACUGGGGCAAGUGUGUUUGGAUUUGGUAAUGGAACAGCAAAGGGUGGAUCACCAAAAGCCAGAGUUGCAGCUUAUAAAGUGUGUUGGCCUCCAGUGAAUGGAAGGGAGUGCUAUGAAGCAGAUAUAUUGGCUGCAUUUGAUAUUGCCAUCCAUGAUGGUGUUGAUGUAUUGUCUGUGUCACUGGGUGGAAAUCCCUCUGCAUUCUUCAACGACGGUGUUGCAAUAGGUGCUUUUCAUGCUGUUAAGCAUGGCAUCGUGGUGGUUUGCUCAGCUGGGAAUUCCGGUCCAGCUGAAGGUACCGUCUCCAAUGUAGCGCCGUGGCAGAUCACUGUUGGCGCCAGUACCAUAGACAGGGAGUUCCCCAGUUAUGUCACCCUUGGAAACUGGAAGCACUUCAGGGGACAGAGCCUAUCGCCUGUGGCCUUGCCGGGGAAAAGGUUCUACCCGCUUAUUAGUGCUGCAGAUGCGAAAGCAGCUAACGCAUCAGUUCAAGAAGCUCUGUUAUGCAAGGCUGGCACACUUGAUCUCAAAAAGGUGAAGGGAAAGAUCUUGGCCUGCCUUCGAGGAGACAGUGCAAGAGUGGACAAGGGUGAGCAAGCCUUACUGGCUGGUGCCGUGGGAAUGAUUCUUGCUAACGAUGAGCUUAGCGGGAACGAAAUUAUUUCUGAUCCACAUGUCCUCCCUGCUUCACAUAUCAAUUUCACCGACGGUGCCCUUGUCUUUGCUUACAUCAAUUCAACUAAGUCUCCCAGGGCUUACAUAAAGCGUCCAACAACGCAACUGGGAACGAAGCCAGCUCCCUUCAUGGCAGAAUUUUCAUCAAAGGGACCCAACACCAUCACACCAGACAUCCUUAAGCCUGAUAUCACUGCGCCAGGAGUGAGUAUCAUAGCAGCCUUUACUGAAGCACAAGGGCCAACAAAUCAAAUGUUUGACAAACGGCGAGUUCUGUUCAACUCAUUGUCAGGCACAUCAAUGUCAUGCCCUCAUAUUUCCGGCAUUUGUGGCCUUCUUAAAACCCUCUAUCCUCACUGGAGCCCUGCAGCAAUUAAAUCUGCAAUCAUGACCACAGCGACAACACAAGAUAAUAGCAGGGAACCAGUGCUCAAUGCUUCUUUCUAUAGGGCAACACCAUUUAGUUAUGGUGCAGGGCAUGUUAAUCCUAACAGUGUCAUGGAUCCUGGCUUGGUUUAUGACUUGUCCCUUAAUGAUUACUUGAACUUUCUAUGUUCAAAUGGAUACAACAAAACACAAAUCGAAAUGGUCUCAGAGGAGACAUAUAAGUGCCCAAAACCUGCUAUUAGUGGCACUAACCUCAACUAUCCCUCAAUCACUGUCCCUAAACUCGAUGGAUCCCUUGUGGUGACUAGAACAGUGAAAAAUGUUGGCACUCCAGGAACUUACAAGGCUCGUAUCCAGAACCCAGAUGGCAUAUUGGUUUCUGUUGAGCCAAACAAGUUGGAGUUCAAGAAAAUUGGUGAAGAGAAGAGCUUUAAACUACUCCUGCAGGUUAAAGAUGCCAAAGCAGCUAAGAACUAUGUGUUUGGGAAGUUGAUAUGGUCAGAUGGUAAGCAUUAUGUAAGGAGCCCCAUUGUGGUAAAGGCUGCCUAGAAGUAGGCAAAAAUAGUCCAAGUCAUCAUGUUGUGAGACAAAACCAUUUAAAUCAUGUCAAAAUAAGGAAAAAACCAGAUGUGUUUGCUAUUAGUGUGCUUAGUAAUAAUUAGUCCUAAUAUAAUAUCAUCUUAGAUAUGUAUCGUAUUAUCGUGUUAGAUCGAAAAUUACGACAACUAAACUUAUCA